CGCAGACGGACGGUCCGUCUAACCUGGUGUGGACGAGCACUAACCCGAAAAAUACACUUAACGUAUCCGUAAACUAGUCGGAAGAAAAAUAUCGCGGCCCUCAACUCUGUAGCGUUGGCCUCAACGGAAUUAGAGUUUAAACAAUGGAUCUCGGCGACUUUGAGCAAGAUAACUCAGUCAGCUGUCGGCUGACUUCUGAAAUACCUGACAUCUGCAAGACAGAGGACUGCUGUUUGGGCAUCGACGAAGCAGGGAGGGGGCCUGUGUUGGGGCCGAUGGUCUAUGGAAUUUGUUACUGUCCAGUUUCCAAAAAGGAGGAGUUAAAGAACUUAAAAGUGGCAGAUUCAAAGACUCUGUCGGAGACGGAAAGAGAGAGACUCUUUAAAAAAUUAGAUGAAACUAAAAGCUUUGUUGGUUGGGCUCUCCAGAUUCUUUCACCCAACACCAUCUCUACCAGCAUGUUACAAAGGUCAAAGUAUAACCUGAAUGCCCUUUCACAUGAUGCAGCAAUAGGUCUGGUACAGUAUGCCUUGGACAGUGGGGUUCAGGUCAAAGAGCUGUAUGUGGACACAGUGGGUCCAGCAGAUAAAUAUGAGGACAAGCUCUCAAAGCGGUUCCCUGGCAUAGAGGUGACCGUUAGGCCAAAGGCAGACUCCCUCUUCCCAGUUGUCAGCGCUGCCAGUAUCUGUGCCAAGGUGGCCAGGGAUCAUUCAGUGAAAGACUGGAAAUUUCCCGAGAAUUUGGAAGAAGUUGAGUUGGACUAUGGCUCUGGAUACCCUAACGACCCCAAAACUAAAGCAUGGCUGCUGAAGUACCUGGACCCUGUAUUUGGGUACCCUCAGUUUGUGCGCUUCAGCUGGAGCACAGCACAGACGCUGAUGGAUGACAACGCUGUCGCUGUCCACUGGGAUGAUGAUGAUGAUGAAGAGGAUGGGGAGAAGGCAGCGGUCCGCCAAAACAACACAUCCAUGUUAUCCUAUUUCAGUCGGGCAGCAGCAGGGAAUGACCAUAGGCCCAACCAUCAGGCCCACCGUUACUUCACGGAGAGGAGGCUGCAGAGUCUGGACAUACUCUGAGACAUGCACACACACAAAGUACUUUCAUGAACUCUUAACGAUGCCUGCAACAGUGCAUAAUUACAUACUGCCGAAAUCUGAGUUUUAGCCACAGAUUUGGAUUAUGCAUGUAGAUGAAAUGUUUAAUAGGCGAGCUAUAUGUAGAACCAGUCUAAUGCCGAAACGUUAUAUUGAUUCAUUUGUCUCUUCGAAGAUUUCGUUUGCAUAUUUAUAUAAAAGA